AUGGCACCUUUAACUCGAGCAUCUGUAGCCCUGAUAACCGCUUCUUCAGCCGGGCUCGGCGCUGCCACUGCUCGACUGUUUGCAUCACACGGCGUCCGUGUAAUCAUCAAUUACAAUUCCAGCCAUGACAAAGCGCAAGAUCUUGUUGACGAGCUGGGAAAUCCCACCAGGAAAACACUACCAUCUAGCAAAGAGAAAGAUGUAGUUGCAGCUAUAAAGGCUGAUAUGUCGAAGAAAGAUGAGGUGGAGAGAUUGGUCAAGGAGAGCGUGGAGGUGUGGGGACGAUUAGAUGUUGUUGUCUCAAAUCAUGGCUGGACUCAGAUUCGCAAUUUUCAAGAUCUAGAUGACAACAUUGUCGAAGAAGAUUGGGAUCGAUGUUUCAACAUGAAUGUGAAGUCGCAUUUGUGGCUUUUCCAUGCUGCGAAGCCACAUUUAGAGAAAACCGAUGGAAGUUUCAUAUCGACCGCUAGUAUUGCGGGUGUGAAACCGGGAGGGAGCUCCAUGGCAUAUUCUGUGACGAAAGCUGCACAGAUACAUCUUAUCAAGUCAUUAGCUCUCACGUCAACAAUACGGGUGAACUCGGUUUCACCGGGAUUGAUGCUCACUGCAAGUUCAAUAUUCAUUGCCUCUGACUGGGGUCUCCAAUUCCCCGAAUCAAAAGUAGAAGGAGUAAAGAAAAAGAGCACAUUAGGAAGACUCGCAACCGUUGAGGAGGUUGCUAGACAGAUAUACUGUUUAGCUGAGAGCGAGAGUGCCACUGGCACAAACUCUAUCAUUGAUGGGGGAAUUCAUUUGGGAAAAUAG